CUUUAUUUGAAUAAUUCUUGUUAGUCUCUAAUUAAUACACAUUAUUAUUAUAAACAUAAUCAAUGCGAGAUGGUCGUUAAAUGAGUUAACCAAAAUUUUUGCCAACUCUACACUCGUCACAUGAUGCACUCACUUCUGAAACUGAAAAAGAUGUUUUUCAUAUAUAUAUUUUUUUCUCCAAUUAGAAAUUCAACGUACUCAUGGCAUUCUAACAUUUUUUUUCUGAAUAACAAAUUAAACUACACACACACACAGUAAAUAUAAACACUUUUGAUUCUGUCGAUAGCGCAAAAAUGCAUUAUACCCACUGAUUAUUUCACUUUUUCGUUUUCAGCAAAUUAGAAUAUUUUCUGCAUUUUAUUGUCUAUAUGUAUAAAAAGCAUAGAAUUUGUUUAAAACUGACUCACAACUGUUACAAUGAAAGAAUAUCAAGUCACUAUACUAAGCAGUGAAAUGUCUGAAGAUGUGGAAACAUAUGCAUGUCGAGCAGCAUCUGAAGCUCUUAGUAUGGAAACAAGCUAUAGUGGAAUUGCUGGUUACAUAAAAAAGGCUUUCGAUAAAAAGUAUAAAAAGACCUGGCAUUGUAUAGUUGGUACAAAUUACUGUGGGGCAUUCUCACAUGAAACUGGAAACUUCAUUCAUUUCAUUCUGGAUGAUCUCACAUUUUUAUUGUUUCGUUCAACUUAAUUCAAACUGCAAUUAGUCUUGCUUACCUAUAGUAUAUUUAAUGCUAAUUUAUACCUUUAAAAGUAUUCCAAAACUUUACAAGUUAUUAAUAAAAGUUUAUUUACAUUCUUUGCUUUCUUAAACUUGUUUUACUUCUUACUGAAGUGUAUUUAUAAGGAAAAUGUUGCAAAGAUAGUAACACAUAAUCUUCAGAAGUGUAUACUCAUGAUCCUACCUGGGAGUUUCAGGUUACUGGGGUGUUCAGUCAUUUGAUCUGGAAUUUAGUGACCUAUGAAUAUAAACUUUGUGAACAUUUGCAUGAACUAAAAGUCAAAGUAAUGAAGAAAACUAAUCAUCUAAAUUAUACCAUACUUAAGCAUUACUGGGAUUAAUUAUUCUUGAAGAUUCACUCGACAUUAUUUAUAAAAAACAAUAAUGUUGUCAAUAACAAUGGUUCUUUAAUUAUUGUAGAUAUGUAACUAAAUGUAGAACCUGAUGAAAAAGGUUAUUAAAAAGAAUAUUCUUUAUUUACAUCGUCAUUUGGUAAUUUCAAUAUCCACACUGUAUGAUCAGAACAAGAAAAUUUUCUG